GUGACACACGCGGAAGUAAACAAAGCAAAGGCGCCAUUAUCGUCCUACGUGUGUGUGCCUGAGCACAGAGACUGUUGUGUUGUUGUGUGUGAGCUGAGUGUGUGAGCUGCGGCAGCAACGAUGCCUUCAGUUCAGUAUCUGAGAGAGUUUAUCAACGAGCGACUAACUGCUGCUGCUGAACAAAUAUUCUUGGAGUUUGAAAAAACGAUCGUCCAGUACGAGGAAGAGAUCGACCGUCAGCGCAGACUGCUGGAUAUCACCUGGAAACCCCAAAUCAAGCUGCACAGGACAGACGUCCCACAGCAGCAUUUCUGUAAGGAGGAGGAAGUUAUCGCUGACCAGCAGCUCUGGAACCAGGAGAGGAGCUCCAAUCUGGACCAAGAGGAACCAGAAACUCCACAGAUUAAAGAGGAACAGGAGCAACUCUGUAGCAGUCAGGAAGGAGAGCAGCUGGUACUGAAGGAGGAGAUUCAUACCUUUAUGGUGACUGCUGCUGAGGAAAGAGACCACAGUGAACCAGAACCAACAAGAGACCAACUCAACUGUGUCAGCUCUGCUGUAGCAGUGAGACAAUAUCAGGGAGGAAGGAAGAAAGAUUCACAAUCACGAAGAAAUAAAAAAAAGGGUCACAAUAAUGUAGAACACCAACCUACGCCAGACAGUGAGUGCAAGUCUGACAAAAGUAAAAAGUCUUUAAAAUGUGAUGUUUGUGGAAAAGCCUACAAAUAUAAUUAUGAAAUGGAAAGGCAUUAUAGAAUCCAUACAGGGGAGAAGCCGUUUUCCUGUAAAACAUGUGGGAAAAUGUUUGUACGUAGUGGUUCUGUAGUGAAGCACAUGAGAAUCCACACAGGUGAGAAACCAUAUUCUUGCAAAGUGUGUGGGAAAAGUUUUAGACAGACAAAUGGUUUAACUGUCCACAUGAUCACGCACACAGGUGAGAAGCGACAUCACUGUGAAAUAUGUGGGAAAAUGUUUGCACGUAGUAAUGGCUUAUUGAGGCACAAAAAAGUUCACACAAGUGAGAAACCUUAUUAUUGUAAAACAUGUGGGAAAACAUUUCCACUUAGAAACUUGUUUUUGAUACACACAAAACGUCACACAGGUGAGAAACCAUAUCAUUGUAAAACAUGCGGGAAAAUGUUCAAGCGUAACAGUCAUUUAAAAGAGCACAUAAGAAUACACACAGGUGAGAAACCAUAUCAUUGUAAAACUUGUGGGAAUUCAUUUAGAUAUCGUGCUCACUUGUUGCGUCACAUGAAAAUACACGUAUAGAGGUGUACUCUUUUAACAAAAUUAACAGUUUAGUAAGCUGUGUUGAGUGCAAAGUUAAACAUAAGUCAGCAUGGGAACUAAUGGUAAACAGCAUGGUAGUAAGGAGGUCAUGGUAGAGUUUCAUUUUAAAAGCAGGUGGAAGUGGCACAUUUUUACAAAUUAUUCUAUUUACAAAAUGUUUUAAGGACAUUAUCAAUUCUGUACCCAAGCAACAGUGAUGGGGAUAACACCAUUGCUUUUUUCAGUAAUUAGUAAUCUAACUAAUUACUAUUUCUAUUAUUAUAAUGCUGUUGCUGUUACUGUUACUAUGAAGAAAAUGCGGUGCAGGCACGUUACAGUUUCUCAACACACAGUUGGUUGAAGCUGUGUUCAUCUUGCCAGGAGCUAGUGGGGCGAAACAGUCCCACAAGUCCCACUGGUUGGCUGAGGAAGAAUAAAGUAGUCAUGGUAAACCAAUUACAUGACCAAUUUAAGAUAACGUGGUGGCACAAAUAAUUUGUGUGGCAUCUUAUUUGAUGC